AUGUCAUCCAGUCCAUCUCAGCCAGGAUGUUGCGAGAAUUUUCUGCAAAUCCUUUUUGCAGUGAUUUUUGAUGGGAAUUUUUAUUGGUUCGCCGAGCGCUGUUGUGUUCCCUAUUGUCUUCUCGUUUUCUUCGCCGUUUCCAUCAUUAAAGGAGUGCAAAUUAAUCGAGCUCCGCUUGCCAACACGGGUUAUAUCUGUUAUGGUGGUUAUUAUUUCUCUCCAUUAGAUCUGAUCAAUGUUCUCGAAUAUGAAGGAAAUGAAGUCUUUCUUCAACUAAAUGUCAUCUUAGCCAUUACAUCUCUUGUGAUUAUGGGCUUAGCACUCAUUUCUGAUUUAUUAAUGCUAUGGAAGAUUCGAAAAUUCGGAUCAUCCGAUCAAAAGAGACGAGCCUACUUUCGAUUGACGAUUUUGCUGAUUACCACAAAUUUUAUCUGGGCUGCAUAUAACUUUCUUGAAGUCGACUAUAUUUUACAAUUUCGUUUCUUUGCCUUUCUCACCGAUGGAGCUCCACCAAUCAUCGUUUUUAUUGUUUAUGAAACAAAUCAUGUGCUUGGCAAUUCGAUUUCAAGCUUGGUUACCAUUCUCUUCACUUGGCCGCCUCGAAAAGAACAAAAUGGGCGAGUUUUGAGAGCUUCAACUCUUAUUUCUACCAGAGCUUCCUUACAACCAUUA